AUGGCUGACACAGAAGAAGUUGUGGAGGAAGAAGUUCCAGCAGAGGAAGAUGAGACAAAGCCUAAGCCAAAGAUGUUCAUGCCGAACAUUGCUGCCCCGAAGAUCCCGGAGGGAGAGAAAGUGGACUUUGAUGACAUCCACAGGAAGAGGCAGGAGAAAGACUUGGCUGAGUUGCAGUCCCUGAUAGAGGCUCAUUUCAUUCAGAGGAAGAAAGAUGAGGAAGAGCUUAUUGCUUUGGUCAACAGGAUUGAGAAGCGCCGCGCAGAAAGGGCAGAACAGCAGAGGAUCCGUGCAGAGAAAGAGAAGGAGAGACAAGCCCGUCUGGCGGAAGAGAAGGAGAGAAGAGAGCAAGAAGAGCAGCGCAAGAAACAGGAUGAGGAUGCCAAGAAGAAGAAAGCUCUCACCAACAUGACUCACCAGUACGGAGGAAUCCAACAGAAGAGCGAGGGGCGAAAAGGGGCUAAGAAACAGACUGAGAGAGAGAAGAAGAGGAAGAUCCUAGCAGAGAGGAGAAAGCCACUCAACAUCGAUCAUCUGAAUGAGGAAAAACUAAAAGAGAAGGCCAGCGAGCUGUGGACAUGGAUGAUGCAGCUGGAGGCUGAGAAGUUUGAUCUGACAGAGAAACUGAAGAGACAGAAAUAUGACAUGAAUGUACUCCAGACCAGAAUCAAUGAGCAGCAAAAGUUUGCCAAAGGUCGUGGCAAGGGCAAGGUUGGUGGGAGGCUGAGGUAA